ACUGAAAUAUUUAUGAUAUAGAUAUAUGCGAUGACUCCUGCUUGUAAGGCAUUACAGUUGCCAUUUGAUGUGGACAGUAUGUUUGGUAGCUGCAUAAACGUAGCGAGUUACUAGUUGGUACCAUGAACUUAAAUUCGUCUGAGCUUACGUUGUGGGUUUCCUUCGGGCUCUUUCCGGUUUCCUCGCGCCAUAAUGCUGAUCGUCGUUGUGUAGUUUGAAGACAGACGUUAAUUCUUCAGCAGUGAACAAGCCGUCUCUACCAUGACAGUUGUUAUUGGAGGGGGCAGUGGUUUUGUUGGCAGUCACCUGGUGCGGCUGUUACGUGAUAAUGGUUUUAAAACCCUCAUAGUUUCCAGAUCUCCAGGACCUGGCAGGAUAACUUGGUCCAAUUUGUCGAAGGAUGGCUUGCCGGAAGGGUGUACAGCAGUGGUCAGUAUGGCUGGGGAACAGUUUCUUAACCCACUCAGAAGGUGGACAGAUGAAUUUAAGAAGACGGUGUGGUCCAGCCGUGUGGAAACAACUAAGGCUUUAGCCAAUGCUGUGGCUGAAGCUGACAAACCACCCAAAGUGUUUGUCAGUAUGUCUGGAGUAGCCUACUAUGAACCCCAUCCAACUAUGGAAUACACAGAAGAGUGCUCCAAGGGAGGUGACUAUGAUUUCUUGUCUCGAUUGACAGUAGCCUGGGAGAAGGCAGCGUCUGUUCCUACAGAGAAAAAUGUACGCCACGUGGUGGUGAGGUCAGGUGUUGUUCUUGGAAGAGAAAGCGGUAUGAUCCAGCAGAUUUAUCUCCCCUUCUUCCUGGGACUUGGAGGCCGCAUUGGGUCAGGUCAGCAGUGGUUUCCAUGGAUACAUGUGCAGGACAUUGCUGGAAUUUUUGCCUACGCAAUUAUGAAUGAUCAUGUAACUGGAAUUCUGAAUGGAGUUGCGCCCCAGACAGCCACAAAUUUAGAUUUUACAAAGACGUUUGCGGGUGAACUUAGGCGACCAGCUGUGUUCCCUGUCCCAGGAUUUGUUUUCAACUGGGUGUAUGGGGAGGAGCGGGCAAAGGUGAUUCUUGAAGGUCAAAAAGUGAUACCAAAACGAACUCUGGAACUUGGCUAUAAAUUUGUUUACCCAGAUCUGAAAUCAGCAUGCAACGAAUGCAGCAAAUUUUCCCCUUCAAAACCAGAACAGAAAAUGUAGUGCUGAGUUGUUUUCAUAUCUUUUUUUCAGUUUGAAGGCAUUUGUUCAUGAUCUGAAUUUAGAGAUAUAUAAAUUUUUUGAAAAAAAAAUAUCAAAACAAAGUGGAAAGUUUAGUUAUAAUUGAUUCAUGUCUCAGACUGGGGAAAGAUGUUGAUCGAGGUACUCUAAAAUGUAUCCAUUGCACAACAGCCAGUUUUGUGAGAGGAAAAAACUUACAUAUAAAUGCUU